CUCAAUCGUUUUUAACCGCUUUUCUCUCCAUAGAAACGCGAAAUCUAAAUUCGAUUAAUUCACAGUAACCAAUAACCAUGGUGUUCAUCGUUCCAACCACCGGAACUCAAUCGCUCGCAGUUUCCAAAUCACAUCGAUUCAAUUUUCUCAAUUCAAAACCACCUUCUAAUUACGUCGCCGGACUUGGCCGUGGUGCCACCGGAUUCACUACCAGAUCAGAUAUUGGUCCUGCUCGUGCUUCUGCUCCUGAUUUUCCGGAUAAGUCCACCGGUGUUGGAAGAGGAAGAGAGAAAGAUUUGUCGACGGAGGAGGAGGAAGAUGAUCGAUAUGAUGAGAAUCAGGAAUUUGAUGAGUUUGAGGGUAAUGAUGUUGGUUUAUUUGCUUCUGGUGAAUAUGAUGAAGAUGAUAGAGAAGCUGAUGCUGUUUGGGAAGGGAUUGAUAAGAUAAUGGAUUCGAGAAGGAAAGAUCGUAAAGAGGCUAGGGUGAAACAAGAGAUUGAGAAUUAUAGAGCUUGUAACCCUAAAAUUACUGAACAAUUUGCUGAUUUGAAACGAAAAUUGUGUAAUUUAUCUAAUGAUGAUUGGAAUAGUUUAGAGAAGUUUGAGAGUGGUGGUUAUUCGUCGAAGAAUAAGAAGAAAAAGUUUGAGAGUUUUGUUCCUGUUCCUGAUACUCUUCUUGAGAGAGCAAGGCAAGAACAAGAGCAUGUUACGGUGUUGGAUCCUACGAGUAGAGAUGGAACUGUUACUGAUUUAACUGCUGUUGGUGAGGGUAGAGGUACUGUUUUGUCUUUGGAAUUGGAUAGGUUGUCUGAUUCUGUUUCCGGGAUGACUAAUAUCGAUCCAAAGGGGUAUCUUACUGUUCUUAAUAGUAUGAAGAUUACUAGUGAUGCUGAGGUUUCUGAUUUUAAGAAGGCCAGGUUGUUGCUCAAGAGUAUUACUCAAACAAAUCCGAAACAUCCGCCUGGUUGGAUUGGUGCUGCGAGGUUGGAGGAGCUGGCGGGCAAUCUUAAGGCGGCUAGGCAAUUUAUACAUAAAGGGUGUGAAGAAUGUCCUAAGAAUGAAGAUGUGUGGUUGGAGGCUUGUAGGUUGGCGAAUCCUAAUGAAGCGAAGGGUGUGAUAGCUCGGGGUGUUAAGUCGAUUCCCACUUCUGUUAAGUUAUGGAUGCAGGCUUCGAAAUUGGAAAACAAUGAUAUGAAUAGAAGUAAGGUGUUGAGGAAAGGACUGGAGCACAUUCCUGAUUCGGUUAGGCUGUGGAAGGCUGUUGUGGAGCUUGCAAAUGAAGAAGACGCCAGACUUUUACUUCAGAGAGCUGUUGAAUGUUGUCCCUUGCACGUGGAAUUGUGGCUUGCGCUUGCUAGGUUGGAAACUUAUGACAAUGCUAAAAAGGUUCUCAAUAGGGCAAGAGAGAGGCUGUCCAAGGAGCCAGCUAUAUGGAUAACGGCCGCAAAGUUGGAAGAAGCUAGUGGGAACACAUCGAUGAUUGGUAAGAUUAUUGAGAGGGGUAUAAGGGCUUUGCAGAGAGAAGGUGUAGUGAUUGAUAGAGAAGCUUGGAUGAAGGAAGCAGAGGCUGCAGAACAGGCUGGUUCGAUUGCAACUUGUCAAGCAAUAAUCCACAAUACAAUUGGAAUUGCAGUCGAAGAAGAAGAUAGGAAAAGAACAUGGGUAGCUGAUGCCGAGGAAUGCAAGAAAAGAGGUUCUAUUGAGACUGCCAGAGCUAUAUAUGCUCAUGCCUUGACUGUCUUCUUAACUAAGAAGAGCAUAUGGCUCAAAGCAGCACAGCUUGAGAGAAGUCAUGGUAGCAGGGAAUCUCUUGAUGCAUUACUUCGUAAGGCAGUUACCUACAGACCUCAGGCUGAAGUUCUUUGGCUUAUGGGUGCCAAGGAGAAGUGGCUUGCUGGAGACGUGCCUGCAGCUCGUGCUAUUCUCCAAGAAGCGUACGCUGCCAUUCCCAAUUCGGAGGAAAUAUGGCUUGCGGCUUUUAAACUAGAAUUUGAAAAUCAUGAGUCCGAAAGAGCUAGAAUGUUGUUGGCUAAAGCCAGAGAGAGAGGAGGUACAGCGAGAGUCUGGAUGAAAUCAGCUAUUGUAGAGAGAGAACUCGGAAAUAUUGAAGAGGAAAGGAAACUGUUAAAUGAAGGAUUGAAGCAAUUUCCUUCAUUUUAUAAAUUGUGGUUGAUGCUUGGCCAGCUUGAGGAACGGCUUGCUGAGGCUGCAAAGCAGCAGGAUCAGCCCAAGAAGUGGCAUGCUCUGAAGAUGGAAGCUAAGAAGGUCUAUGAUUCAGGACUGAAAAGCUGUCCAAACUCUGUACCGCUUUGGCUUUCUCUUGCUAGUCUUGAAAAGGAGAUGAGUGGGCUGAGUAAAGCUCGUGCAGUUUUUUCAAGAGCUCAAAAGAAGAAUCCUCAAAAUCCUGAACUCUUGCUAGCAGCUAUUAGAGCGGAAUUAAAGCAUGGAUGUAAGAAUGUAGCUGAUAGGUUAAUGUCAACAGCAUUGCAACAGUGUCCUAAGAGUGGCAUUCUCUGGGCAGCUUCAAUUGAGCUUGCUCCUCGUCCCGAGCGUAAAGGAAAGAGUAAGGAUGCUCUAAACAUAUGUGGCCAUGAUCCCCAUGUUAUAGCUGCUGUGGCCAAAUUAUUCUGGAUUGAUAGGAAGGUGGACAAAGCCAGGAGUUGGCUGAAUAGGGCUGUGACACUUGCUCCUGACAUUGGUGAUUUUUGGGCUUUGUGCUACAAAUUUGAAUUAUGGCAUGGAACUGAGGAGAACCAGAACAAUGUACUGAAGAGAUGUGUUGUUGCUGAACCAAAACACGGGGAGAAAUGGCAAGCGGUCUCAAAGGCUGUAGAGAACUCUCACCAAUCAACAGAAUCCAUCUUGAAGAAAGUGGUGAUUGCACAGGAGAAGGCAGCUGAGGAUGGUAAACAUUGAUUUACCUGAAUUGGAACUUCUUUGUGUCAAAAAGAGGAUUGUAGCA